AUUUGGUAAACAUGAUUGCUUGCCAAAUACUGAUUCUAUGUCUGAGGACUUCUCAGGAUAAAAAGCAAUCGAAAGAAUUUGAAAUCAUCUUAAUAUAUGAGUGAAGGGAACUGAUUUGAAUGAAGAAUGAUCAUAUAAGACAUAUUAAAUAUAUCCAAUGCUGUCGACAGUGAGUGUUUAAUCUAUACGUACAUGCUUUCCGCACUUCAAAUCUUGUUUUUUGUCUUCUCAGGAAACUUCAUAGCCUUUUGCAAAGUAAUGUGUAAUGAUUUUUAUUCAAACUUAGCCUGCGAGUGCUUCGGUAUAUUUUCGAGCCGACCAGAAGUAAAGAAAUAUAUGUUGUCGUUUCCUUAUCACGCGCUGUCAUCAUGCACUGAGAAACCUCUUUCACUGAAGUAUAAGGAGAAAUUAAGACUAACAAUUAUUGACAAUGAUUGUAUUACUCAGGUCAAUCGAUUACUCCAACUGAGCGGCCACUAGGUUUAGACGGUUCGGUGUUAUUUCGGAACUUUCAUUCGUCGAGCAUCAGACUUGUCCAUGGUAAACCAAAGGUCGCAGGUUCGAUCCUACCGUGGUGAGGCUAAUUUUUAGCUUGCCUGGUUGGUAUGUAACCCAAUUACCAGUUUCUUGAAGACGAAGUGUGAUGAAAGGUCGGGGCAAUGAUUGUGCCCAACCUUUACUGGUUAUUCCUAGUGUGGUCAUCCUCAAAUAUAAUUGUUACAACGUCAGCAACGUGUUCUUCCGCCUGUCUCAACGGAGGUUCUUGUGUUACUGAUGAUGGGAGUGGAGAGAGCAGGUGUAACUGUCCAGCCAGUUACAUCGGAGUUGACUGUUCUCAAGCUAUAGAGUGCAACGAUGAUAGUCAGUGCUUUGGGAAUAAGACUUGUCAAGAGUAUAACGGCCAGAGAUAUUGUGAUUGUGGUGACGAUGCAACUGGUUUUUACUGCAAUAUGAGUGUCAGCAAAGAUCUCACAGUCUCAACGAAUGGAUUACUACAUUACUGGGGAUUUAACAUUAUUCUAUUCGGAAAUCGCUUUAUCGACAAAGUUAGCCGUAUUCAUUUUACCAGAUAUGGAGAUGCGCGUAUUUACAAAUCUGUUGACCUUGGUAAUGUUGCAAAAUUAGAUCGUGAUGGCUCAGGAGCACUGAUUUCAGCGACAAUUAAAGAUCCUUGCUUGGUAAACCCAGUACAUUGCACAGAGGGAUUAACCGUAUCAUUUUGGCUGCAGUAUUUAUCUGGAGAGAUCGUAUUGCGCAUGGGCAAUGCUGGUUUUCACGUCUUUGUUAAAGCAGGGAAAUUCUUCAUCACUUACCAAGGUGUGGACAAGAGCUGGACUAUUGAACGUAGCUGCAUCCCUAUGGGUGUCUUCCUCGUGACAGCCACGUGGAAAGAGGCAGAUGGAUUGAAGUAUUACGAAAACGGGAAACUUGUCGUCUCAACCAAUAUUUCUGAUGCAAAUCAAACUCCUGGAUAUUUUGAUGAUGUCAUCACAGUGGGCUAUGAGAAAACUUCCAGCGGUGAAAGCUUUUCAAGUUUGCUCAUUGAUGACCUGAUUAUAUGGAAACGAGCACUUAAUUCUUCAGAAGUCGAACAACUGCAUAAGAAUGGAACCUCAUCUAGUGUUGGUCGUGCAUCAUGUCUGUCAACACCAUGUGACUCAGGAACCUGGUGUGCUCAAGACUACUCCGCUAAUACACGCAAGUGUGUGCAGCCCACAAAUCAAGAUUGUUCUUUUGAGAAUAGUGUGUGUAAUGGUUUUGGAGAUGUCAGUGCUGCGAUAACUGGUAUUGGUAAUCAGAAUGUAUUUAUGGGGAAUAUGCCCUAUUAUGAUCAUACUUCUGGAAAAUGUGAAGAUCCCACUGCGAAAUUUUUGACAUUCAGACAACUGCCUGGAGGCAGCCUCUCCUCUUCUAUUUCUCAGUUUUCUGGAGGACAAUUGUUCCGUUUACGAUUCUGGUUUUUCAUCUACGGACAGGACGAAGGAGUUUUGUCCGCUUCUAUUAAACAUGCUUCUGAAACUUUAUCAAUCUGGAACACAACUUCACGUGGUGUAAGGAACUGGCAAUAUAAACAAUUUGAAAUGAAAGUGAAUUCAUCUUUCUCGGCAAAUUUAGUGGCGUUUUUCGCUGGUCCAAAUCUGGCGAUUGCUUUGGAUGAUCUUAGUCUUCAAGUUUGUGAUCCUAAUGUUCAGCCGAACGUCACUAAUGUAACUGCCGAGGAUAAUGGUGGUGUGAAUAUCACGUGGUCACAUGGUGGUUGUUCUCUCAUAUUUCCUUUUACAACCAUGGUAUAUUACCAAACAGAAUCAACAGAUGAGACAGUGAAUGGUUCCACAAACUGGACUCUACUAACCAACACAAACAGCACUUUUCAUGUAAUCUCUUCAAUUCUACUUUACCCUAACACCACACUUACAAUCAAACUAAAUACACGCUAUGUUGUGAAUGGUGAUGUUGUAUUCAGUGAUGAUAGUGCGGUGUUCAAUUUCCUGAUUCCAGAUUCUUUCAUAUCCUCCAUUAUCCAAGUUGAUGCCCCAGGACUGCCAAACUCGUUUCGUGGCUUGUUGGUGAAAAGAGGGACAAAUCUCACAGCUACAUGUCAAGUUGCUUCAGUAAUAAAACCAACUUUAAUACUGAAACGAGACCCUAUUCUUUUAUGGCCAGUCGAAACACUUGCUACGUUUAACAAUCCCCGCUCUGAAGGCAAAAAUCUGUGGAAAAUUGACAUAGAUAUCCCACCUUUCGACAAAGACGUUGCUGGUAAAUACACUUGCGAAACAAAGAUUGGAAAUAAGAGUGUUCAACAUAGAGAGCUGUAUCUCAAUAUACAAGGUUAUUUUGAAGCAGUUGCCACUUCGAGUUCGUCAAGCGAAUAUAUCGCCAACUUCGAUUCCAGUUUUGUAUUUUUCUUGAUUGGUUUGGGGGAAGCAUUUGAUGAGUUUAUCUUUGAAAGAAAAGAUUGGUCAACAGGACAGUACGUACGCAGCUCGGCAAGGGCUGGGCAAGGUUGGACGCUACAAUUUUUUGCUGUUCUUUUUGGAGUUUACGAUAAAUGCAGAUGUGCUCAUACCGGACAACAUAGCUUUAGUGUCAGGACUGAUGGUACCAGCAAAAGAUAUCUGUUUCCGAAAACACUGCGAUUAAAAGACCCAGAUCCCCCCACAUCCGUCACAGUAACAUACAACGGUACCAGCCGAGCUGUGGUCCAGUGGUACUCCCCCGGAUGUAAUGGGGGGCCAGUAAGAGCAGUUCGUGUUUCAUUCUACCCUAAUGCUUCAAAUACUCCGAUCCUCUUUGAAACAAAUAACACGUCCUGGAACGCAAGCACUGGUAAAGGUUCUUUCAUUGUGCCUCAAAAUGAGUUUGCUUUGAAUAUUGAGUAUAAGUGGACGGUCGCUGUACUCUAUAAUUAUGGUGAUGAGACGAUUUGGAGUCAGGAAAGUGCCGCUGUUUCGACAAAGAUCUCAGACGAAAUUGCUGUCAAAAUAUCAAUACAAGAUGGCAAUUCGUACGUGCUACCUGGAAAUGACGGUGCAUACCAUAUUCAACUGGAACAAAGUAUAGUGCUCACUUGCACAGUAAUCUCCAGUACCCCACCCCAGAGAACAUGGAAUAAGCGUUCAUAUCGAGGAAAUGAAUCAGUUAUAAGCGAGGAAUUUCAUCCAGAAUUUUCAUCAUCUGGCUUUGCAUGGACAAGUGUGAUAAAUAUUUCCAAGUUUGAGUACGCGGACUCAGGCACUUACAGUUGCUUUGGCUCUGCGGGAAAUAAUGAAGGAGCUGACCACGCAACAUUAUAUGUCUAUGCAAGCGUCAAGGUUGUACAACAAUCUUUGAUGCCUCUUGGAGCGGCUUACAAUUCCACAUACACAGCAGCAAUGAUUCUUCAAGGUUUUCCGAUCUAUAACGCCGAAAUUCAAAUACUUAAUGUGAGGACAGGAAACUACAUCAACUUCAGAGGAAGAAAAUCCGAGUUUACUGCAGAUGGUUACUUAAAACUGUCUGCCCAGUAUCCCUCUUUCAUGUGUUCAAAUACUGGACCUCAUCUCGUUGCUGUGGAACAAGCAGAUUACUCACGGUCAAGGUUUUCAUUCUCCUCACCAUUUAUUAUUACAGAUCCUGACCCUCCAAAAAUUAUUUCUGUGACGAGCGAGUCACAGUCAAGAGUGAAACUGACGUGGAGCGCUGGUCUAUGCAAUAUGCUCCCUCCUCAACAAAUCUACAUUACUGUGACGGAUGUAAUAAGUGGAACUACUCUCUAUCAAAACACUUCGAGUGCCAACAAUAGUUAUAACACCGAAUCUGGUGUCGGUAUUACGAUGGUUGAAAAAGGACCUGAGUUCAGCACAACAUUCAAAACACAGUGGAUCAUACGGGUGUCAUAUCCCGUAUGGAGUCAAGAUUCGCUGUCAUAUUAUGCUGUUUUAUCUGAUAACAUAACCAUCAGUUUUAAGUCGAAUACUUCGUCAAGUACAGCAACUGAGAGACGUCCAGUUGGUUAUCUUUUGAAAAGGAAUGAGACAGUGACCAUCACCUGUCAAAUCUUGGAUACGGAAACGUCAUCCACCUUCUUAUGGUACAAGAAAACGAUAGGAGAACCAUCGCAUUUGAACAACAGUAACAAACGGUCUUGGAUUGAAGGAGAAUAUCUGUAUGGUUCCAUAACUUUAUAUAACUUCGACUAUCACGAUUGUGGCGUGUACACUUGUCAAAUAAACUCUGGUGGGAUGUUUCAAGAAGGAAAAAUCCCUCUGACCGUGGAAGCGCCUAUUGUUGUGCAACAUGUAGAGAAUAAUUUGAGGUCAAAAGUACGACGUGGAAGACUAAAAACAAUCAAGGUUCUAUUUCUUGGCUAUCCCAGACCACAAAUUUACGCUGAAAGAUUGGAUCACCCAGACAGUUCAUGGAUGAACUAUACGGAUUAUCUAAGAGUGAUGAGUGAAGAUGUUUAUUGGAGGGUUAAGGUUGAACGUAACCUGACAUGUGCGGAUACUGGUCUUAUCCGUUUUGUUGUUUUGGAUGAGAAUAUGAAACAUUUUGUAAACUUGGUGGACCGUACACCAUUGAUAGAUCCUGAUCCACCGUCUAUCGUAUCAGUCGAGUAUCUUUCUUCAACCCGUGCAAAAAUUACGUGGAAAGCAAAACGAUGCAACUUUGCUGGCGUUAAGAAGUUAAGAAUUGAGCAAGCGGGAAGUGGCGUGGUCCUCUCAUUCAAUUCAACUAAUUGGGAUAACGAAACUGGAAUUGGUUAUCAGAUUGUAGAGAAUAUUACAGUUAUAGCGAAUGAAACCUAUUAUUGGAAUGUCAGUGUUAUAUAUGGUGAAGGUUCUGAUGAAGCCACAAGUCAACCAAGUCCACUUUUUGAAGCCGUUGUUGUUGAUACUAUUAAUGAAUGCCUGCAAAAUAGUUCUUGCGAUGUCAAUGCAGAAUGCAUAGAUAAAAUCGGUUCCUAUGAUUGUCGAUGUAAACCAGGAUUUUCCGGUGAUGGUCGACUUUCGUGUUCAAAUAUAAAUGAAUGUUUAAACAGCCCAUGUCAUACCAAUGCUAACUGUUCUGACAACGAGGGUUCUUUUGAAUGCAUUUGUAAUCCGGGAUUUUCUGGCAAUGGAGUAAAUUGUACAAACACUGAUGAAUGUUUAACGAAACCUUGUCAUGCAAAUGCCACUUGUACUGACAAAGAAAGUUCUUAUGAGUGUCGAUGUAAUGAUGGAUUUUCAGGAAAUGGAUUUAACUGUUCCAACAUUGACGAAUGCCGUUUAAGCAAUCCAUGCAAUGCAAAUGCCAAUUGUACUGACAACGAGGGUUCUUAUCAGUGUGAAUGCAAUGGUGGAUUUUCAGGAAAUGGAUUCAACUGUUCCAACAUCAAUGAAUGUUUGACUAACCCGUGCGAUGCAAAUGCCAAUUGUACUGACAACGAGGGUUCUUAUCAGUGUCAAUGCAAUGAUGGAUUUUCAGGAAAUGGAUUUAACUGUUCCGACAUCGAUGAAUGUUUAAACAACCCAUGCGAUGCAAAUGCCAGUUGUACAGACAACGAGGGUUCUUAUAAGUGUCAAUGCAAUGAUGGAUUUUAUGGAAAUGGAUUAAACUGUUCCAACAUCAAUGAAUGUUUGACUGACCCAUGCGAUGCAAAUGCCACUUGUACUGACAACGAGGGUUCUUAUCAGUGUGAAUGCAAUGGUGGAUUUUCAGGAAAUGGAUUCAACUGUUUCAACAUUGAUGAAUGUAUGACUAACCCAUGCGAUGCAAAUGCCACUUGUACUGACAACGAGGGUUCUUAUCAAUGUCAAUGCAAUGGUGGAUUUACAGGAAAUGGAUUAAACUGUUUCAACAUUGAUGAAUGUUUGACUAACCCAUGCUAUGCAAAUGCCACUUGUACUGACAACGAGGGUUCUUAUCAGUGUCAAUGCAAUGCUGGUUUUACAGGAAAUGGAUUCAACUGUUCCAACAUUGAUGAAUGUAUGACUAACCCAUGCGAUGCAAAUGCCACUUGUACUGACAACGAGGGUUCUUAUCAGUGUCAAUGCAAUGGUGGAUUUUCAGGAAAUGGAUUCAACUGUUCCAACAUUGAUGAAUGUAUGACUAACCCAUGCGAUGCAAAUGCCACUUGUACUGACAACGAGGGUUCUUAUCAGUGUCAAUGCAAUGGUGGAUUUUCAGGAAAUGGAGUCAACUGUUCCAACAUGAAUGAAUGUUUGACUAACCCAUGCGAUGCAAAUGCAACUUGUACUGACAACGAGGGUUCUUAUCAGUGUCAAUGCAAUGGUGGAUUUUCAGGAAAUGGAUUCAACUGUUCCAACAUUGAUGAAUGUAUGACUAACCCAUGCGAUGCAAAUGCCACUUGUAUUGACAACGAGGGUUCUUAUCAGUGUCAAUGUAAUGGUGGAUUUUCAGGAAAUGGAUUCAACUGUUCCAACAUCAAUGAAUGUUUGACUAACCCAUGCGAUGCAAAUGCAACUUGUACUGACAACGAGGGUUCUUAUCAGUGUCAAUGCAAUGGUGGAUUUUCAGGAAAUGGAUUCAACUGUUCCAACAUCAAUGAAUGUUUGGCUAACCCAUGCGAUGCAAAUGCAACUUGUACUGACAACGAGGGUUCUUAUCAGUGUCAAUGCAAUGGUGGAUUUUCAGGAAAUGGAUUCAACUGUUCCAACAUUGAUGAAUGUAUGACUAACCCAUGCGAUGCAAAUGCCACUUGUACUGACAACGAGGGUUCUUAUCAGUGUCAAUGCAAUGCUGGAUUUUCAGGAAAUGGAUUCAACUGUUCCAACAUUGACGAAUGUGUAACUAACCCAUGCGAUGCAAAUGCAAUUUGUACUGACAACGAGGGUUCUUAUAAGUGUGGAUGCAAUGUUGGAUUUUCAGGAAAUGGAUUCAACUGUUCCAACAUCAAUGAAUGUUUGACUAACCCAUGCCAUGCAAAUGCCACUUGUACUGACAACGAGGGUUCUUAUCACUGUCAAUGCGAUGGUGGAUUUUCAGGAAAUGGAGUCAAAUGUUCCAACAUGAAUGAAUGUUUGACUAACCCAUGCGAUGCAAGUGCAACUUGUACUGACAACGAGGGUUCUUAUCAGUGUCAAUGCAAUGGUGGAUUUACAGGAAAUGGAUUCAACUGUUCCAACAUCAAUGAAUGUUUGACUAACCCAUGCCAUGCAAAUGCCACUUGUACUGACAACGAGGGUUCUUAUCAGUGUCAAUGUGAUGGUGGAUUUUCAGGAAAUGGAGUCAACUGUUCCAACAUCAAUGAAUGUUUGACUAACCCAUGCCAUGCAAAUGCCACUUGUACUGACAGCGAGGGUUCUUAUCAGUGUCAAUGCAAUGGUGGAUUUUCAGGAAAUGGAUUCCACUGUUCCAACAUUGAUGAAUGUUUAACUAACCCAUGCCAUGCAAAUGCCACUUGUACUGACAACGAGGGUUCUUAUCAGUGUCAAUGCGAUGGUGGAUUUUCAGGAAAUGGAUUCAACUGUUCCAACAUCAAUAAAUGUUUGGCUAACCCAUGCGAUGCAAAUGCAACUUGUACUGACAACGAGGGUUCUUAUCAGUGUCAAUGCAAUGGUGGAUUUUCAGGAAAUGGAUUCAACUGUUCCAACAUUGAUGAAUGUAUGACUAACCCAUGCGAUGCAAAUGCCACUUGUACUGACAACGAGGGUUCUUAUCAGUGUCAAUGCAAUGGUGGAUUUACAGGAAAUGGAUUCAACUGUUCCAACAUUGAUGAAUGUUUGACUAACCCAUGCUAUGCAAAUGCCACUUGUACUGACAACGAGGGUUCUUAUCAGUGUCAAUGCAAUGCUGGUUUUACAGGAAAUGGAUUCAACUGUUCCAACAUUGAUGAAUGUAUGACUAACCCAUGCGAUGCAAAUGCCACUUGUACUGACAACGAGGGUUCUUAUCAGUGUCAAUGCAAUGGUGGAUUUUCAGGAAAUGGAUUCAACUGUUCCAACAUUGAUGAAUGUAUGACUAACCCAUGCGAUGCAAAUGCCACUUGUAUUGACAACGAGGGUUCUUAUCAGUGUCAAUGUAAUGGUGGAUUUUCAGGAAAUGGAUUCAACUGUUCCAACAUCAAUGAAUGUUUGACUAACCCAUGCGAUGCAAAUGCAACUUGUACUGACAACGAGGGUUCUUAUCAGUGUCAAUGCAAUGGUGGAUUUUCAGGAAAUGGAUUCAACUGUUCCAACAUCAAUGAAUGUUUGACUAACCCAUGCCAUGCAAAUGCCACUUGUACUGACAACGAGGGUUCUUAUCAGUGUCAAUGCGAUGGUGGAUUUUCAGGAAAUGGAGUCAAAUGUUCCAACAUGAAUGAAUGUUUGACUAACCCAUGCGAUGCAAAUGCAACUUGUACUGACAACGAGGGUUCUUAUCAGUGUCAAUGCAAUGCUGGAUUUACAGGAAAUGGAUUCAACUGUUCCAACAUUGAUGAGUGUAUGACUAACCCGUGCGAUGCAAAUGCCACUUGUACUGACAACGAGGGUUCUUAUCAGUGUCAAUGCAAUGGUGGAUUUUCAGGAAAUGGAUUCAACUGUUCCAACAUUGAUGAAUGUAUGACUAACCCGUGCGAUGCAAAUGCCACUUGUACUGACAACGAGGGUUCUUAUCAGUGUCAAUGCAAUGGUGGAUUUACAGGAAAUGGAUUCAAUUGUUCCAACAUGAAUGAAUGUUUGACUAACCCAUGCGAUGCAAAUGCCACUUGUACUGACAACGAAGGUUCUUAUCAGUGUCAAUGCAAUGCUGGACUUUCAGGAAAUGGAUUCAACUGUUCCAACAUUGAUGAAUGUUUGACUAACCCAUGCCAUGCAAAUUCUACUUGUACUGACAACGAGGGUUCUUAUCAGUGUCAAUGCGAUGGUGGAUUUUCAGGAAAUGGAGUCAACUGUUCCAACAUGAAUGAAUGUUUGACUAACCCGUGCGAUGCAAAUGCCACUUGUACUGACAACGAGGGUUCUUAUCAGUGUCAAUGCAAUGCUGGAUUUACAGGAAAUGGAUUCAACUGUUCCAACAUUGAUGAAUGUAUGACUAACCCGUGCGAUGCAAAUGCCACUUGUACUGACAACGAGGGUUCUUAUCAGUGUCAAUGCAAUGGUGGAUUUACAGGAAAUGGAUUCAAUUGUUCCAACAUGAAUGAAUGUUUGACUAACCCAUGCGAUGCAAAUGCCACUUGUACUGACAAUGAAGGUUCUUAUCAGUGUCAAUGCAAUGCUGGACUUUCAGGAAAUGGAUUCAACUGUUCCAACAUUGAUGAAUGUUUGACUAACCCAUGCGAUGCAUAUGCCACUUGUACUGACAACGAGGGUUCUUAUAAGUGUCGAUGCAAUGGUGGAUUUUCGGGAAAUGGAUUCAACUGUUCCAACAUGAAUGAAUGUUUGACUAACCCAUGCGAUGCAAAUGCCAGUUGUACUGACAACGAGGGUUCUUAUGAGUGUGGAUGUAAUGUUGGAUUUUCAGGAAAUGGAUUCAACUGUUCUAACAUUGAUGAAUGUUUAGCUGACCCGUGUCAUGCUAAUGCAAGCUGUGCUGACAAUCAAGGUUCUUAUGAAUGCCUGUGCAAUGUUGGCUACACAGGGGAUGGAAUUUCAAAUUGUGCAAAUAUUGAUGAGUGCUUAAAAAUUUUAUGCGAUGCUAACGCAGAUUGCCUGGAUUCCCAUGGAUCGUACACCUGUCGUUGUAAAUCUGGAUUUAGUGGAAAUGGAACUGUUUGUGAAAACAUAGACGAAUGCCUGACACGACCAUGCGAUGGUAAUGCCAAGUGUACUGACAGUAAUGGUUCAUAUGAUUGUCAAUGUGAUCUUGGAUAUUCUGGAAAUGGAUUGAAUUGUUCAAAUGUAAAUGAAUGUUUGACCAGCAAACAUGUAUGCCAUGCAAAUGCUGAUUGUUUUGACAAUGAUGGUUCCUAUGACUGCCAGUGUCGUGCUGGAUAUACUGGGGAUGGAUUUAAUUGUUCAAACAUUGAUGAAUGUUUGACUAACCCAUGCGAUGCAAAUGCCACUUGUACUGACAACGAGGGUUCUUAUCAGUGUCAAUGUAAUGGUGGAUUUUCAGGAAAUGGAUUCAACUGUUCCAACAUUGAUGAAUGUUUGACUAACCCAUGCGAUGCAAAUGCCACUUGUACUGACAACGAGGGUUCUUAUCAGUGUCAAUGUAAUGAUGGAUUUUCAGGAAAUGGAUUCAACUGUUCUAACAUUGACGAAUGUUUGACUAACCCAUGCGAUGCAAACGCCACUUGUACUGACAACGAGGGUUCUUAUCAGUGUCAAUGCAAUGAUGGAUUUUCAGGAAAUGGAUUCAAUUGCUCCAACAUUGAUGAAUGUUUGAUUAACCCAUGCGAUACAAAUGCCACUUGUACUGACAACGAGGGUUCUUAUGAGUGUCGAUGUAAUGUUGGAUUUUCAGGAAAUGGAUUCAACUGUUCCAACAUUGACGAAUGUUUGACUAACCCAUGCGAUGCAAAUGCCACUUGUACUGACAACGAGGGUUCUUAUCAGUGUCAAUGCAAUGGUGGAUUUUCAGGAAAUGGAUUCAAUUGUUCAAACAUUGAUGAAUGUUUGACUGACCCAUGCGAUGCAAAUGCCACUUGUACUGACAACGAGGGUUCUUAUCAAUGCCAAUGCAGUGAUGGAUUUUCUGGAGAUGGCUUGAAUUGCUCUAAUAUUGACGAAUGUAAGAUGGAUCCAUGUGGUAGAAAUGCUAACUGUACUGACAACAAAGGAUCUUAUGACUGUCAUUGUAAUAACGGAUAUACUGGAAAUGGACUGAACUGUUCCAACAUUGAUGAAUGUUUGACUAACGCAUGCGAUGCAAAUGCCACUUGUACUGACAACGAGGGUUCUUAUCAGUGUGAAUGCAAUGGUGGAUUUUCAGGAAAUGGAUUCAACUGUUCCAACAUCAAUGAAUGUUUGACUAACCCAUGCAAUGCAAAUGCAACUUGUACUGACAACGAGGGUUCUUAUCAGUGUCAGUGCAAUGGUGGAUUUUCAGGAAAUGGAUUCAACUGUUCCAACAUCAAUGAAUGUUUGACUAACCCAUGCGAUGCAAAUUCCACUUGUACUGACAACGAGGGUUCUUAUCAGUGUCAGUGCAAUAGUGGAUUUUCAGGAAAUGGAUUUAACUGUUCCAACAUCGAUGAAUGUUUAAACAACCCAUGCGAUGCAAAUGCCACUUGUACUGACAACGAGGGUUCUUAUCAAUGCCAAUGCCGUGAUGGAUUUUCUGGAGAUGGCUUGAAUUGCUCUAAUAUUGACGAAUGUAAGAUGGAUCCAUGUGGUAGAAAUGCUAACUGUACUGACAACCAAGGAUCUUAUGAAUGUCAUUGUAAUGACGGAUAUACUGGAAAUGGACUGAACUGUUCCAAUAUUGAUGAAUGUUCAAGCGAUCCAUGUGAUGUAAACGCUAAAUGUACUGACAAUCCUGGUUCCUAUGAAUGUCGUUGUAAUGAUGGCUACACUGGAAAUGGUUUUACUUGCACAAACAUUAAUGAAUGUUCAAUUGGCACUGCGUGUGGAGCUGGUGGAAUAUGUAUCGACAGUAUUGGAUCAUACCGAUGUUCCUGUUUUCAAGGAUAUACUGGAAAUGGACUGAACUGUUCCAACAUCGAUGAAUGUUUAAACAACCCAUGCGAUGCAAAUGCCAGUUGUACUGACAACGAGGGUUCUUAUAAGUGUCAAUGCAAUGGUGGAUUUUCAGGAAAUGGAUUCAAUUGUUCCAACAUCGAUGAAUGUUUGACUAACCCAUGCGAUGCAAAUGCCAGUUGCACUGACAACGAGGGUUCUUAUAAGUGUAAAUGCAAUGCUGGAUUUUCAGGAAAUGGAUUCAAUUGUUCCAACAUCGAUGAAUGUUUAAACAACCCAUGCGAUGCAAAUGCCACUUGUACUGACAACGAGGGUUCUUAUCAAUGCCAAUGCCGUGAUGGAUUUUCUGGAGAUGGUUUGAAUUGCUCUAAUAUUGACGAAUGUAAGAUGGAUCCAUGUGAUAGAAAUGCUAACUGUACUGACAACCAAGGAUCUUAUGAAUGUCAUUGUAAUGGCGGAUAUACUGGAAAUGGACUGAACUGUUCCAAUAUUGAUGAAUGUUCAAGCGAUCCAUGUGAUGUAAACGCUAAAUGUACUGACAAUCCUGGUUCCUAUGAAUGUCGUUGUAAUGAUGGCUACACUGGAAAUGGUUUUACUUGCACAAACAUUAAUGAAUGUUCAAUUGGCACUGCGUGUGGAGCUGGUGGAAUAUGUAUCGACAGUAUUGGAUCAUACCGAUGUUCCUGUUUUCAAGGAUAUACUGGAAAUGGACUGAACUGUUCCAACAUCGAUGAAUGUUUAAACAACCCAUGCGAUGCAAAUGCCAGUUGUACUGACAACGAGGGUUCUUAUAAGUGUCAAUGCAAUGGUGGAUUUUCAGGAAAUGGAUUCAAUUGUUCCAACAUCGAUGAAUGUUUGACUAACCCAUGCGAUGCAAAUGCCAGUUGCACUGACAACGAGGGUUCUUAUAAGUGUAAAUGCAAUGCUGGAUUUUCAGGAAAUGGAUUCAAUUGUUCCAACAUCGAUGAAUGUUUAAACAACCCAUGCGAUGCAAAUGCCACUUGUACUGACAACGAGGGUUCUUAUCAAUGCCAAUGCCGUGAUGGAUUUUCUGGAGAUGGUUUGAAUUGCUCUAAUAUUGACGAAUGUAAGAUGGAUCCAUGUGAUAGAAAUGCUAACUGUACUGACAACCAAGGAUCUUAUGAAUGUCAUUGUAAUGGCGGAUAUACUGGAAAUGGACUGAACUGUUCCAAUAUUGAUGAAUGUUCAAGCAAUCCAUGUCAUGUAAACGCUAAAUGUACUGACAAUCCUGGUUCUUUUGAAUGUCGUUGUAAUGAUGGCUACACUGGAAAUGGUUUUACUUGCACAAACAUUGAUGAAUGUUCAACUGGCACUGCGUGUGGAGUUGGUGGAAUAUGUAUCGACAGUAUUGGAUCAUACCGAUGUUCCUGUUUUCAAGGAUAUACUGGAGUGACUUUUUGUGAAGAUAUCGAUGAAUGUAUUAAUAAUCCGGACAUUUGUCCCGAGAACAGUAAAUGUGUAAACAAGCAAGGCUCUCAUAGUUGCGAUUGUAAUGUUGGUUAUGGUGGGUCAUCAUCAUCGUGUACAAUCUUACCCGACACGUUCAUUGACAUCACAUUCCAACUACAAAAUGCAGUGUUCACUGAAUCACUAAACGAUAAAAACUCCGAAGACUAUAAAAUUCUUGCACAAACUGUUACCAGAAAUUUUGAUGCUGAAUAUGCUAACACGCCAGAAUAUCGUCGAGCUAAUGUCCUUGGUUUCAGUAAAGGAAGUGUGAUUUGUCAGGUCGAAAUCGUUAUGGUGCCAGAUUCCUUGGAAAAAAUUAAUCUUAUUUUGGACGACAUCGUUAAGACUGGGAAUCUUGGUAACUUGACAGUCGUACCUGAUUCAUUUAAUAUCACUACGGAUAUACCAGCUUUGAGUAAUAUUAAAAUGGAAGUCAAGUACAGUGGUGAAGCUGGUAAACUCUUGGAAAUAACAUGCACCGUUAGUGGACCAUCAUUACCAAGCUUUGAAUGGAGACACAAUGAUACGAUAUUGUCCUUAUCAGACAGAGUGAAGAUUGAAACCAACGACAAAGUUUCAAUUCUUUCUGUCCGCCAAACAAAGAAAUCAGACUCCGGCACUUACUACUGUAUUGUUAAUAAAUGGAGAGAUACAAUUAAUAGCAGUGUACAGAUAGAAGUUAAAGUCAUUCUUGUUGUUGAAGCAUUACCGUUAUCCGUUGCCAUGACUGAAGGUGAUCCAAUAAAAUUAACGUGCAACGUUACUAAAGGCGAUGAGCCAAAUAUACAAAUCAAAUGGUUCAAUUCAAAACAGUCUGGUGUCAUUGCUGAAAGCAAAGAAUUAGACUUAUCGGGUAAAAAACUGUCAGAUCCGAGUUUUACUGCAAUAUACUGGUGCACCGCAAAUAAUUCCUACAGGACAAGUGAGAAGAGUAACAACGUUAGCGUACAUAUUUCUAAAGCUUUGAGUGAUAUUAAAAUGGAAGUCAAGUACAGUGGUGAAGCUGGUAAACUCUUGGAAAUAACAUGCACCGUUAGUGGACCAUCAUUACCAAGCUUUGAAUGGAGACACAAUGAUACGAUAUUAUCCUUAUCAGACAGAGUGAAGAUUGAAACCAACGACAAAGUUUCAAUUCUUUCUGUCCGCCAAACAAAGAAAUCAGACUCCGGCACUUACUACUGUAUUGUUAAUAAAGGGAAAGAUACAAUUAAUAGUAGUGUACAGAUAGAAGUUAAUAUCAUUCCUGUUGUUGAAGCAUUACCGUUAUCCGUUUCUAUGACUGAAGGUGAUCCAAUAAAAUUAACAUGCAACGUUACUGAAGGCGAUGAGCCAAAUAUACAAAUCAAAUGGUUCAAUUCAAAACAGUCUGGUGUCAUUGCUGAAAGCAAAGAAUUGGACUUAUCUGGUAAAAAAUUGACAGAUAGUGAACCUAGUUUCACUGCAGUAUACUGGUGCACCGCAAAGAAUUCCUACAGGACAAGUGAAAAGAGUAACGACGUUAGCGUGAAUAUUGUUUCCAAAGAUUUCGACGAGUUCUGUUUCAGUGACAAUAAGGGAGGUUACAACUGGGAGAAGACUACUGUUGGUACUUUAGUUCUAAAAGAUUGCCCUGAAGGGACAUCAGGAACUGUUCGCAGAUCCUGCAGCAACACAAAUGGCAAGCCCGUCUGGGGUGAUGUGAAUCAAGACAAUUGUAGAAAUAAUAAAGUUAUUGAUCUCCUUGAUAAGAUCAUCUUAUUUGACGAAGGCUUUAAAACAGAUGAUAUCAGCGAUAUAAUUCAAGAGACUACAAAUGUUUCAAAUGAAGAUGAUCUUUUUGUUCAAGACGUGGAAGACAUCGUCGAUGUUCUUGAGAAGACAAAACAGAAAACCCAAACCCAAAAUGAUCGUGAGAAUUUCAUUCGUUCAUCAAGUAAUAUCAUUAAUCCGGAAAGGAAAGAUGUUUGGAAGAAAGUGCCGUCAAGAAAUAGUUUGGCUAAGAAGAUUAUUAGUGGUGCAGAUCUAAAUGCGAAAAACUUCGUUUCACAAAGUGGAAAAACAGGAGAAGUUGUAUCGUAUACCACCCCAAAUAUAGACGUCCGUGGGAUACGAUUAUCUGCAGUAAAACCUGACGAACCUAAAGACUUGUACUUAAUGGAUACUGUGGGCGAAGGCGUUGUUAUUCCCGGUAAUGUGACAACUAACAUCACCCAAGCAACGGUGGUAAAGUACAGUUCAAUUAAGGAAAUUUUAUCUGAGGAUGAAUUGGAGAAAAGUGUGGAUGACAGCAUAACAUCGAGUGAUUCGCUGACUAUAAGAAGUACCGUAAUGUCCUUCACAACAGAACCACGACUGCCCGAAUUGCUUGAUGAGCCUUUUAAGAUCAUUCUUCAAAAUAACCAGACUGGUUAUAAGAAUCCAAAACGAACGUGUGCGUUCACAGAACCAAGCGUUAACAACAGUAAAUGGAGUAGUGAAGGUUGUGUACUGAACGAGGAAGAAUCAAACGAAAGAAAUGUGACGUGUGAUUGUAACCAUAACUCUGCCUUUGCCAUCAUGAUGGAUGUCUCUGGAGUAGAAGUAACAGAGGAGGAACUUAAAAUAUUGGAGACGAUUUCAACCGUAGGAUGUUCACUAUCGUUGCUCGGGAUUGUCCUCACAGCUCUCAUGCAAGUUUGCUUCUGGAAGCAAGUAAAAUCACCUCGCGCUAAAGUGUUACUCAGUCUAUGUGUGGCUAUUGGUUUCACGGAUAUUUUCGCGAUACUUGAAGGCGUUGCAAGAGAUAGUCCCAAUUUUUGCAAAGCAGUCGCCGCUCUUCUCCAUUAUUUCGUGCUUUCUGCGUUCGGAUGGAUGUUGUGUGAGGGGAUAUUACUGUAUAUCUUGCUGAUCAGGGUCUUUGAUGGAGUACGUGGCAAACAUUGGAAAAUCUUCAAUUUCAUCGGCUGGGGUAUCCCUCUUCUCAUUGUUGUCGUGUCACUUGGAGCAACUCAAGGUGAAGGAUAUGGCAGUGACUCUUCGUGUUGGCUCAGUAUUGACAACAAUUUGAUUUGGGCGUUUGUUGGACCAGCAUUUCUUGUUAUAUUGGCCAAUACUAUCGUAUUUGUCAUGGUCCUACGAACAAUGAUGCGAUCUCACAAAGUGAAAUCACAGGACAAUAUUACUAAAGUCAGAACAGGUGUAAAAGCUGCUGUUGUCAUUUUCCCAAUUCUUGGUUUAACUUGGGUGUUUGGAUUGAUGACAUUCAACAGAGAAACUUUAAUUUUCCGAUAUCUUUUUGCCGUGUUCAACUCCGCACAAGGCAUGCUCAUUUUCCUCUUCCAUUGCGUCCUAAAUAAACAGAUGCGAGAUGUUGUCCGCAACAGUACAAUAAGACGAAGUACAUUCUCCACUAGUUUUGACAAGAAGACUAUGAAAAAGGCACCUAAGAACUCAACUAGUUCACCGACGAAGAAUUCCGAUUCUGGUAUUAACGAGAAGAUGGUGAGACAAAAUGCCAGACUUCAGUUGGAAAGUAGCAACUGGACCUCUGAGAGCGGAGGUUAUAAUAAUUUCAACGUGUCUGUAGCAGAGGAAAUGAAGGAAAAUGAUGAUCAAAAUGAAAACAACAUUUCGCCCGUUCAAGGAGAUGAUGAAGCUGGUAAUAGCUUGUCAAAUGUGUCCGAAGGACGUGAAAACCCUGUUGAAAGGAACAAUGAUGCUUUUGAAACAGACAGCAAGGGCUACCACAGUGCAGGCUCUGAGGAGCAUUCGUCUUCAACAGACAGACCUUCUAGCAACGAGGAAGCCCCCUUAAAUGUAUAAUCUCAUGAAAUAUUCUUAUCAGCAAAGCUUCGCUGCAAGCUGUUGCCUUGCAAUCAACACAGUGUUGUGGUGAAAUGACUAAAAUCCGCCAAUAUUGUGCACAAUUAAGUAACUUUUGUAUCCCAUAUUUCACGAACAGUAGAAUUCAUAAGUUUAUAUAUAAAGAACUAUGUUAUGUCAGAAAGUAAAAUCGAGAUGCGUCAAUUUUUCGACCUCUCUCAAACAAUGCAAUGUUAGCCAUGAGCUUUAAAUCAAUGUCAAAAAUUUGUUUUGAUUUUGAAGAUUUUGACAUCGCACCUAAUUCUGCCAAUCAAAGCCUUGAAGUGCUAAUGCUGUUGAAUAUUAAAUUCAACCCGGAUAUGAUCAUUAUAGCUCCUUCAUAGGUUCUACAUCUUCUAAAAUAACGUUUUCUGAGUUAAUGUUGUUCUUGUACUUAUUAUUAUUGAUGGUGUACGUAUUGUUCACUGCGAGAGGUCGACUUAAUGUUUUCUGUAAAAAUUCCGGAGUGACAGAAAUACUUGACUUCCUUCGACUUCUCUCGUCACUAGUUGAAAGGGUACCACCUGAAAAAGGUUAAACUCAUGAAAAACGAAAAAUGACACUUCGAGAUUAGGCGUAAUCUUUCAGAAUACCGGCCUUGUUAAUGUUGGUAUUGUGCAGGACAAGCUAUGGUAAACGAACUUUUCAAAAAUCACUCACAGGUGUUAUUGUUGAGAGCUGUGACAUUGAUGUGUGUCGCGUGAAAUGUUUUUUUUCCUUUAAUGAUUGCAUCAUGAAUCUUAAAAAAGAGAAAUAUUGAACUACUUAAA